UAAUUGACAGAGACACACAACCAAGAUAAACUCCUGAAUCUAGUUGCCUGUUAAUUCGAAUAGAAAAUAUGGUAGUGAAGGUAUAUGGCCCUGCCUAUGCUUCCCCUAAACGGGUGAUGGUGUGUCUGAUUGAGAAGGAAAUUGAGUUUGAAACAGUGCCUGUUGAUAUCUUCAAGAGAGAGCAUAAGGAUCCUGAAUACCUCAAGAUUCAGCCUUUUGGAGAGCUUCCAGUUAUUCAAGAUGGUGAUUAUACUCUAUAUGAAUCUCGAGCAAUAAUCAGAUACUAUGCAGAGAAGUAUAAAAACCAAGGGACAGAAUUGCUGGGGAAGACAAUAGAAGAAAGGGGUCUUGUGGAGCAAUGGCUUGACGUGGAAGCACAUAGCUUUCAACCACCAAUCCACAACUUAGUUAAUCAUGUCCUGUUUGCCCCAAUUUUGGGUACUCCCUCAGACCCAAAAGUGAUUGAAGAGAGUGAUGAAAAGCUUGUGAAGGUGCUUGAUAUAUAUGAGGAGAGAUUGUCAAAGAGCAAGUACUUGGCUGGGGAUUUCUUCAGCCUUGCUGAUCUGAGCCAUCUCUCAUUUGGUCACUAUUUGGUGAAUCAAACUGGGAGAGGGAAUUUCGUAAGGGAGAGGAAACAUGUUAGUGCUUGGUGGGAUGAUAUAAGCAGCAGACCUUCUUGGCAGAAGGUGCUUCAGCAAUACAAGUACCCUGUUUAGCUGCUUAAUUUGUUAGGGGAUUUUCUAAGCAUUCAAACCACCCCCCAAUAAGAGAUCUAGUUUGAGGGUGACUUCAGUGUUUUCUGUUACCUGCUUGAGAAUAAAAUAGAGCCUGCAGCCUGCAGCAAGAAACACUAUGCAGAGCUCUAGCUUGUUUUUGUAUUCUAUAAUAAGGUGUGAAAGUUUCAAAGUGCCUAUUAGGCUAUUACAUUGUUAUUUAAGAAUUAAGAAGUCUAAGAGAAUCCAAAUCCUUUUCAUCUA